UGAUCUCAUUAGAACUCAAAACCUAUAACCUAAUAAAAAUGAAUUUGAGGGUGAAAUAAUUUAAUUCAAUUGCAGGCUCGUAAAAUAAUGUCUAUCUUGUAAAAAAUGCUAUAAUCCAAGUAAUAAGCACUAUGAAUUGUAUAAAACACUUUUUUCUAACAAAUAAAUCAUGUUCAACGAAGUCAUUGGGCUAUUGUAUUCAUAACUGCAGAAGUAUUUCCAAUGGAUAUAUUUUGAAUAAACUAGAAAAUCAUACCAUCAACGUUUUCGACCGUAACACCAAAAGUCUGCAACGAAAAAGAGCGGCAAUAGCUGAAGAUGUAAAUUUAUAUGACUACCUGAAAGAUGAAAUUGGAUAUCGACUUGCUGAUCGAGUAUUUGAUAUUAAAAGAAAAUUCAAAUUAGCAGCCGAUAUAGGGUGCCAUCGUGGUUAUGUUUCAAAACAUAUUUCUCCAGAUUGUGUCGAAGAACUGAUAUUGUGCGAUAUCAGCCAACAUAAUUUGGAUUCUGCAUCCGUAAUGGAGGGUAUCAAAGUCAGGAAACAGAUUCUGGAUGAAGAGCAUAUAGAGUUCGAUAUGGACUCGUUGGAUCUAGUCAUUUCUUGUCUGAGUUUACACUGGGUGAAUGACUUACCCAAGGCUUUCAAGAGAAUAUUGGAUAGUUUGAAAGAGGAUGGGGUUCUACUAGCAUCAGUAUUUGGCGGAGACACUCUGUAUGAACUCAGAUCGUCAUUGCAGCUGGCCGAAUUAGAGCGACGUGGAGGAUUAUCACCACAUAUAUCUCCUUUCACAGAGGUCAGAGAUGUCGGGAAUCUGUUAACAAGAGCAGGUUUCACUAUGCUGACAAUCGAUACUGAUGAAAUUGUCGUUAAAUAUCCAUCGAUAUUUGAGCUCAUGUGGGAUCUGAAAGGAAUGGCUGAAAGUAAUGCAGCUUUGAACAGAUCCUUGCAUCUUCAUCGAGAUACCCAGUUUGCUGCAGGGGCCAUUUAUCAACAACUUUAUGGUAGCACUGAUCCAGAAACUGGAAAAUUGACAAUACCCGCAACAUUUCAGGUAAUCAACAUGCUGGGUUGGAAACCGCACCCCCAACAACCUAAGCCUAUGGAACGAGGCACAGGAGACGUUUCCCUCAAAGAUUUAUACAAGCUCGGCGAGAUAAUCAAAGAGAUUAAGAAGGUUAAGUCAGAUGACAAGGACUGAUAGCUGUUAAAAGUGUUGGUAGGAUGUAAAAUGUUGUAUUAAAGCUUUGAUGUAUUUUUAAUAUAUUAAAAACUCUAUUCAGAUAUA